AUGGGUGAGGAAAGGUUAACUGGCUUAGCUUUACUCAAUACUCACAGGGACAUAAGCAUUGAUGUGGAAAAAAUCAUUGACAGACUUGCGGCUGCCAUCCGACUAAUAAAAAAUAAUUUAAGAUCAUCUAUAGCUGAUGAUAGAUUGGAUUCACUUAUGAUUUUAAGCGUGGAAAAAGAUGUGGUUGAUCAAUUAGAUAUGAACAAAAUAGCAACAUUAUGGGCAACUUUGAAAAACCGUAGAAUUAAUAUCUAA